AUGACCGGCGCAAACUCUUCGUGGCAAAACAAUGAGAUAUUCUUAGAAGGCGCGUUCCCUCCAAGGGAGGUUUACUACGGAAAUGAUUCGGAUCUCAGUGUGAACGUCACGUUCGUCGAAGACUAUUACAUAUUCGACAGGCAAGACGUUCGCGCCAUCUUCAUCACCUUGUACACGAUUGUCUUCUCCUUCUGCUUCUUUGGCAACCUGCUGGUGAUCCUGGUGGUGACGCUGUCGCGCCGCCUGCGCUCCAUCACCAACUUCUUCCUGGCGAACCUGGCGGUGGCCGACCUGUGCGUGGGCACCUUCUGCGUGUUCCAGAACCUCAGCACCUACCUGUGCGACAGCUGGGUGCUCGGCGACACCAUGUGCAAGCUGUACCAGUUCGUGCACAGCCUCAGCUACACGGCGUCCAUCUUCAUCCUCGUGGUGAUCUGCACGGAGCGCUACUUCGCCAUCAUACACCCCAUCACCUGCAAGCAGAUCCUCACGCCCACCCGGCUCGUGCUGGUGAUCGUGGUGGUGUGGCUGAUGAGCGCCGCCUACAGCGCGCCGCGCUUCUUCUGGGUGCGGACCUUCGUGAACCACCUGGACAACAACGUGACGGAGACGAUCUGCGCGCCGCAGCGCAACAAGUACAACUCCAAGCUGUUCGACGUGAUCAACUUCGCGGUGCUGUACCUGGCGCCGCUGUGCGUGAUGACGGUGCUGUACUCGCUGAUCGCCGCGGGGCUGUGGCGCUCCAGCCGCGUGCUGCGGCGGCCGUGCGGCGCGUGCGCGCAGCGGCCCGCCUCGGUGCGCUUCAGGCUGGACCGCGACAGCCAGGUGUCUGUGCGCGGGGGCGCAGACCGCCGGCCCUGCGUCACCGUGCGCGGGGACUCCUCCUGCCGCGCCGCCUCCUCCUCGCACAACGUGCUGCGCGCGCGCCGCGGCGUCGUGCGCAUGCUCAUCGUCGUCGUGCUGACCUUCGCGCUCUGCAACCUGCCCUUCCACGCGCGCAAGAUGUGGCAGUACUGGUCGCCCUCCUACCACGGCUCGUCCACCUUCAGCAAGCUCUUCACGCCGCUCACCUUCCUCGUCACCUACUUCAACUCGGGCGUCAACCCCCUGCUGUACGCCUUCAUGUCGCGCAACUUCCGCAAGGGCAUGCGCGAGCUGCUGUGCUGCGCGCUGCGCGAACCGGCCGGCGCCAAGGCGUCGCGGCGCUCGUCCACGCGCUCCACGGUCAACAGCGCCGUGCUGCGCUCGUCGCUGCGGCUGCCGAGGCGCCGCGCCGAGGCGGGCGAGCUGGUGCGCAGCCGGUCCGAGCGCGCCGGCGCCAGCUGA